CAUGUUUAUAAAUUUUAGAGUUUUAUUUUUUUUUCAGAUUAAAACAUUUCAAAUAUGUUUGUUAGAUUAACACAUCAGGUGCUGAAGGGGAUAAGCUACAGUCAAAGUAUAGUGACUAGAAGAUUUUUAUGCAGUUCAGACAAAGACCUGUCUCUCAAAAAUACAAAACAUGCAGAUAAAAAAUUACAAUACGAAAUAGAAGCGGAGGAGGUUAUGUCUAAUCUAAGUGAAGAAGGUAGGCAAAAGAAAAAAAGACUGGAAGUACAACUAGAAAUUAUGCGGCAGAGGAAUGAAAAG